UUGACUGGAGACCAACUCGCAGAGAGGCGGACGAUAACAGCAUCCAUUGCUGUUAUUCAGCCUUCACACAUCUCAAUGAACUGCUCGCAUAGAAGCCACUGAUCGUGCCUACUGCUUUUUGCAGGGCAGAGAUACUGAUCAGUGUCUAAAAACUGCAUCCAUUUUUCUUAUGAAAUUAUUUUUUCAAAGACUCUUUUUUUUUUAUUUCUAGGUCUCCGUAGCCUAACUCCUUUCCACCAUGGUGCUAGGAAAGGUAAAGAGCUUCACAGUAAGCUACGACUGUCUCAAUGACAGCAAUGUUCCCGUGUUUUCCAGCGGGGACUGCGUCUCAGGGAGGGUGAUCAUCGAAGUCACCGGAGAAAUCCGUGUGAAAUCUCUCAAAAUCCACGCAAAAGGAUUUGCAAAAGUUCGUUGGACUGAAUCUAGAAAUGCUGGAUCCAACACUGCCUACACGCAAAACUACACUGAAGAAGUGGAAUAUCUAAAUCACAAAGACGUUUUGAUUGGACAUGAGAGAGACGAUGACAACUCUGAGGAAGGACUCACCACUAUCCAUUCAGGAAGACAUGAGUAUGCAUUCAGCCUUGAGCUUCCACAGACACCUCUGGCUACCUCUUUCGAAGGGAAGCAUGGCAGUGUGCGCUAUUGGGUAAAGGCAGAACUCCACAGGCCAUGGCUCCUGCCCAUGAAGACCAAGAAGGAAUUUACAGUCUUUGAGCACAUUGACAUCAACACUCCAUUAUUGCUGUCACCACAGGCCGGCACGAAAGACAAGACGCUUUGCUGUUGGUUCUGCACCUCAGGUCCUAUUUCCCUAAGUGCCAAAAUUGAAAGGAAGGGAUACACCCCAGGAGAGUCGAUCCAGAUCUUUGCUGAGAUUGAGAACUGCUCAUCCCGCAUGGUGGUGCCAAAGGCAGCCAUCUACCAGACUCAAACUUUCUAUGCCAAAGGGAAGAUGAAGGAGGUCAAGCAGUUGGUGGCCAACCUGAGGGGAGAGUCCCUCUCUUCGGGCAAAACAGAGACCUGGAGCGGCAAGAUGCUGAAGAUCCCACCUGUCUCACCCUCCAUUCUGGACUGCAGCAUCAUCAGAGUGGAGUACUCACUCAUGGUAUAUGUGGACAUACCUGGGGCAAUAAACCUGUCCCUGAACCUGCCCCUGGUCAUCGGAACCAUCCCUCUCCACCCCUUCGGCUCACGUACCUCCAGCGUCAGCAGCCAGUGCAGCAUGAGCUGGCUGGGCAUGGGUCUGCCUGAGAGGCCUGAAGCUCCUCCAAGCUAUGCAGAAAUUGUGACAGAUGAGCAGAGGCAGAGUAGUCUCGAUGUCCCAGCAGCCCGCGAGGAGCUGGACGGUCCUCUAUUCGCCUACAUUCAUGAGUUCCGCUUCCAGCCCCCUCCUCUGUACUCUGAGAUCGAUCCUAACCCAGAUCAUGCCAGCCGUACAGAGGAGCGCAGGCUCGACACCUGUCCAUCACGCUGAGGGUAUCCCUUAAACUCCCCUGAUUGAUUUGGGGAUCCCAAAGGAACCUGCCUGCAAGGCUCAGCUUUGUUUAUUUUUCUCUAUCAACAGCGUUUGCACAGCACUGUUGACAACAAGAGAAAAACGUAUCCAACCAACAAAGACUUGGACAAAUAUGGACCGUUGAGUUGGGUUGGACAAAUCUGUUCCUGCCUUCCCUCAGUGAGAGAAACAGGAGUCACUAGUUUGGGGUCUCACCUCCUUCCUGUGUCAGCCUGCUGAGGGUGGGAUAUGUACAGAUGAACAUGUAUUCAGUCCGUAUAAAAAGAACCCCACUAGUAGCAAGAGCCCUGGUGACAAUAUUGAUGUCGUCGAGGAAGAAUCACCAAGGCUCUGCCUGCCAAGCUCCUCUUUAACCAUUGAUUCUUCUGUACCCAUGGCACAUAUGGACAUGGCUCCUCACACAAAGAGCAGGACUAAUCAUGUCUAGACUUCAGCAGAAUCACCUUAAGAAAAUGGGAUGAAGAGAGAAAAAUAACAACAACAACAACAACAACAACAACAAAGUUCUUACCACAAUAGUCUGUAUGAAUGAAAGUGGCAGCAGUCAACAACAGAGCAAAGACUAGGUCCUCCUGCCUCAUUUGGGAUUUUGUUUUGCACAUUUUAUUCUUUACUUGAGUUGUGUGGCUCCGUUUAAUGAGAAAUGAAAAAAAAAUUCACUAAUAGUUUGGUUUCAGUCUUGUAAUGCGCCAGACUAAGAAUAUGAGACUGCAAGUUUAACUUUGAAGACUUUCAUUUGCAACUUUGAGCAUCGCAGAGAACAGGAUUUGUUUUUUGGAAAAAAGACUGAAAAGGACAAGAACAAUGCACUGAAUUUCUUUGAGCUGUACAAGAAAUUACUUUUUUCUCCUUUAUGACAUUUCCUCAGUGACUUAUAACAACUAGACUGGACUUUUACAAAAAAAACAAACAAACAAAAACAAAAAAACAAACAAACUGCAGCACACUAACUCCAUCUGGAAGCUCUUUAAGAUGUUGCCUCCUCAGCUUGGAUCCAAGUGUGGCUUCCCUCCUCUUGAGUUUAGUUCUGUUCUGUUCUUGUAUUUAGCUCCAAUCAUAGAAUAGCUUUUAGCCUCGUAUUGUGUUGAGGUUGCUCUGGAUUUGGACUAGGGGGGUUGCAGACCUGCAUUUGCCACUCAAAUUGUAGCUGAAAACAGAAGUGUGUGUGUGUGUGUAUGUGUAUGUGUGUGUGUGUGUGAGAGAGAGAGAGCGAGAGAGAGCGAGACAGACUGAAGGUGGUGCAUUGUGGAGGGACUUGCCUCACCCUAAUUGCCUGCAGCCCCGCUACUCUUAAUCUCAGGGCAAGCCAGGCUUGCAUAACUGCCCAAAAAGCACUGUCUCAGGUGGUCUUCUCACUUGCCAAACGGUUGGGAAAAAAAGAGAAAAAAAUGUUGUUGUUUUUUUUUUUAAUUGCACUGCUGAAAAUAAUGAAGUUUUUAUUUUAAACUACCAAAACGAGAGAAAAGACCUGCAGAGAAGCAAGGCAGCUUUCUGAGAUGAAUCACAUUCCCUUUUUGUCCUGCUGCACUUGCCCAGUUCAUCCAACCAAACAGUUAGAUUUGACCAGACCAGUGAAGCCAGAAUGCUACUUAUAAUAAUAAAAAAUAAAAUAAAAAAGUAAUAGAGGAAUGACACUGCUUCUGCAUUUAAAGGAAAUCCAGCACAAACAAAAAGCUGGGGGACGUUGCUAAACUUCUGUUCAGACUGGUCAGAACAAGUAGUAGUAGGUUGACAUGAGUAAUACAUUGGUUUUCGAACUCAUUCAACAUAAUAGACCAGCUGUAACAGAAGUUUGACAUAGUCGGG